UAGGCUCCUCGCAACUCUGAAAGAACCCAACCACUUUGAUUUCUUCUCUUUCAUCGGGUUCCGAGCAAGCAGCAGCAGCCUCCCAGAUUUUCCCUGAGGCACCCAUACACAAACACAACUACAGAUUCAAAAACUCAAACACGAUAAUGGGUUUCUUUUCCUUCCUCGGAAGGCUCCUCUUUGCCUCUCUAUUCAUCCUCUCCGCUUGGCAAAUGUUUAAUGAUUUUGGCGACCAUGGUGGACCUGCUGCAGAGGAACUAGCUCCAAAAGUUGCUUCUAUUCAGAGAUUUCUAGCCUCCAAAAUUGGAAAUGGAGUGCCAAAAAUUGAUGUUAAGCAUGUGGUUUUGGCUUCAAUGGCUCUUAAAGGAGUUGGUGGGAUUCUAUUUGUAUUUGGCAGCAGGACUGGUGCCUAUUUGCUGAUGUAUUACAUCUUAUUUAUGACUCCAUUGCUACAUGACUUCUACGACUAUGAAACCGAUGAUCCAAAAUUCCACGUUCUUCUUCCAGAAUUCGUUCAGAGUCUUGCAUUACUAGGGGCACUUUUGUUUUUUCUUGGAAUGAAAACAGUGCUUCCAAGGAAGUUAAUAAAGAAGAAGCCUAUAAAAACAAAGACAAUUUAGAUUAAUGGACAAAAUGAUUUGGUACUCUUAUUAUUUUUUGUUUCUAGAAUGUGCUUCCAAGGUUCGGAUUUUUUGAAGCUCAUGUUGUGUAAGCCUUUCUAGAACGUUUUUGGUUCGAUGAUUUUCGUUGUAAUUCUCUUUUGUUCGAUGUAAUUUCAAUUUUAUUUAUUGCCAAACGUUAAUUGGAUAUUUUUCUUAAUGUGGGAAAGGUAUUCUUUAGAUGGA